AUGAUCCUGAAGCUCCUCUAUGUCAUAUCUAUUCUUCAUAUCUAUCACUGCGAGAACGACUUCGAUCUUGAGCCUCAUGAUAAACCUUCAGAAGUUCCUUGCGAUAUCGACGGAGGAGAACCAUGUGGCAUGAAUGAAGUCUGCAUAUCUGGUCAAACAUCCGCUAGGGUUGGUGUUUGUAAAUGUGCUUUGGGCUUCACUAUGCAAAAUGGGAACUGCAUACCUAGUAACACAACAGAAGAAUAUUUAUCAAAUAAAACUAUUGAUUUUGAGGUAGAGGGACCAUCUGUAAUCCAUUUACCGAUAGAUAGUGUAAAUCUAACCGUUGUCUCUUCUUCAGAAAAAAAGGGUAAUCUCACUGUACAUUGGGAUUUAAUAAUGGGUAAUGGAUUAGCUAACUCUUUAUCUUAUAAUAAGGAAACUCUACACCUGACUAACUUGAAAGAAGGCAAACUACAGUUUCGUGUAACUGUUACAAGUCUCUCUGGAAGUUCUCAGAAGGACUUCGUUCUGAAUGUUUUAUCUCCAGAGAUAGUGAAUAAACCUCCUCAAGCCAUGAUUAAACCCGAGUCUCCAGUUCAUGGCGUGGAAGGAAGUCAAAUAGUUUUAGACGCUGAAGGAAGUUCGGACGAGAACAAAAUUAUUUCUUAUAAAUGGUCUCAAGAUAAUGGCCCUACAGUUAAUCUUCCAGCCUUAGAUACUCCAGUUUUGAAAUUAGACUCUCUAGUUAGAGGAACUUAUACUUUCACUGUGUCUGUAACAGACUCGGGGAAUCUCUCUUCAUCUGCUUCUGUCACAGUUGUCAUUGAAGCUGAACGAGAUGACCCACCUAAAUCAAUCAUCACUCUUUGUGAGAGUGGCGAUUCAGGAUCCAUAACUGUAAGGUUACCUUUUGAAGAUCUGAAGCUUUGUGGAAAUAUGUCUACUGAUGACAAAGGAAUCGUAUCGUAUAGUUGGUUCCGUGUGGAUAAACUGACUGAGAAACUCGCUGUUGACUCUUCAGGCUCAUCCACCAAUAUUUUGACGCUCACUAACGCUCAAGCAAACGAUAAGUUGGGUCCUUAUGAGUUCCAGUUAGAUGUAACUGAUGCUAAAGGACAAAAGGAUUCUUCCAGAAUGAGUAUUUUUGUGAAUAAAGCUGAGAAUCUACCUCCAGUUGUCAAAGCUGGAGGAAACCGAAAUGUUUUCUUACCUGAAACUAGUGCUGUUUUAGACGCAUUAGUCAAAGACGACGGUAGUGUAGUAGGAUAUAACUGGACUCAGAUUAGCGGUCCUUCGGAAGCAGUUAUAGCCAAUAAAGAUAAAUCGAAAGCCACAGUUUCGGAGUUAAAAGAAGGCGCUUACAUUUUUCAGCUAGAAGUAAUUGACGAUGGUGGUUUGAAAGGUUUUGACAAAGUGUCUAUAACAGUUGAGAGAAGUAACAAUGAGCCUCCUAUCGCGAAAGCAAACAAUGUCACCGUACGAUUGCCACAAGCAGUAGCUAUUUUGAACGGAAGCUCUUCUACUGACGAUGCAGGAAUCAUUACAUAUAAGUGGGAACCUUCUGAAGAUGUUUCUGCCAAAAUGAUAAUAUUGGAUGGAAGUGAAAGCAAGCCUGUGUUACUUGUUACUGGAUUGGUCAAAGGGACUCAUUUAUUCAAACUUACAGUUAUCGACCAACAGAAAGCUGAGAGUUCUAUAUCAGUUUACUUGGUUGUGGAACAAGGAAAUGAAGACUUACAAUCCGUGGAAAUAAUUUUGCAAAAGUUAUCUAUUGACUGGAACUAUCGUUUCCGUACAAAACUCCAAGCUCGCCUUGCGGCAGUUAUCUCUAGUGCUAUUCCAGAAAUCACUACUGUUAACAUUCAUAUAACCAAGUUUGAUGAAACUGCGGAAGGCAAUCUGCGUGCCAUUUUCUGGGCUACUACUGCUGAUGCUAGAGCUAUGAAAAGAUCCGUUCCCAUAGCAUCAGAUGGAAUUAUUUCGGCGGAAGAUACUGUCUUUAUACUGGAACAAGAAUGGAGCAUGUUUACGGAGUUCAAAAUCAUAUCUGUACAAACUUUAUAUUGUAAGUUGGAUUGUUCUGGGCAUGGACUAUGCAGUGAUGUUACGAAAGAAUGUGUAUGUGAUCGAUUCUGGAUGCCUAACUUGUUUACAAUUCUGAGGAGUGGCUGGAAAAAACAUAACUGUGCAUGGAGCUCGUUAUACUUCUGGCUUCUCUCUUUUCUGUUUAUUAUUUGUUUCUCCGUAUACCUACUGACAAAACGUCGAAUGAGUUGGUUUGGCAGGGUAACUAGACGAAGGUUUAGAAGAAGAAAAAGAUAUUCUCCUGUCAGAACCGAUUCUGACGAAGAGGCUGAUGCACGCCGCACACGAAUAGAACGCUUAUUGCGUAAAGCUAAAAUUAGUGAUAACGACCAAGAAAUAGUAUAUUUGAAUGGUGAUUUCCUCUCAGAUCUAUUUUUAUCAGUUACUCGAACCCUUAUUUUGUUCAAAAAUGGGGGGCUGUUCCUUUCUAAAAUUGUUGUUCAGAUCAGCUUUCUUCUUUCAGAACCUCGUUUGCUGCCUUUACCUGUUCCUUCUUCUAGUGAGUCUAUAAACUCAGAGAGCGAUGACUUACUUGGUUCUGCGAAUUGGCAAGAAAUGAUCAAGAAACCAUAG